AUGUUUUACCAGACAACUUCACUUUAUGACAUACCUCUUAAUCAUCUUGAUUACCAAUACAUUACCAAAUGUGACAAUAUAAAGGAAUUAGAAAAAAUACUGAAGGUGCUGAGGUCUGGACAGGAAGGACGUUUCCCUGACUUGGAAAAGCAUUGCGAAGACAAGAUCCGGUCUUCAGACCCUGAAAACAGCUGGUUCAAGUUCAGUUUUUUUUGUGCUAGUCGGCUACUGCGUAAACCUGGACAACUUUUGUCCACCUAUCAACUGGAUGACGAAGAACGUGAAGAGGUGGAAAAUGGAUUUCAGGAGUGGCUUGAUGAAACCAAGCAUCAGGAAAUUCUGACUAAAACCAGUCUCCCGAUUGUCAAUAAUGCAUGCCCAGGAAGCAAUAACGUUCCGAAGGUCAGAGAGUGGGGAUCAAUAAAUCCAGACAGUGGAAAAGGCACAAGGGUGAAGUCUUCCAGAAUGAAGUCAGGAAAAUUGCGGACCUAUGAGGAGUGGGACAAAAUCGAAAAGGAGCUGGAAAAGGAGUUGCAGGAGGAAGAGAAGAGGAACGAAGCCCAGGCAGCCAGCGGAGACAACAAAGGCACCUCACUUGACCUGCAGACUGCCGAAAAGCCGAGCAGCAAGGGGCUGCGUGAAAAGGCCAAAACAAUGCCCAAACACGUGCGAGCUGUUCACGCACAGCGCGAGAAAGAAAAAGGGAACGAGGCGCUCAUUGCCGGAGAUUACAACGAAGCCCUGGGGUACUACGAACGCAGUCUCAUCUUUGAACCAACCGCCGCGGUCUACAACAACAGAGCGUUGUUGUACCUGAAGCAAAAGAAGUGGAAACUGUCAGUGGAGGAUUGCAAUCGGGUGUUGAAGGAGGAGCCGGAAAAUAUUAAAGGCAAGCAACACGAUUUCGCUUUGCUUGCCCUCUACGAGUUGCACAGCCUCGAUAAGGCGCAAACGGACUUGGAGUUUGUUCUGAAACUGGAACCAGGCAACGCCAAGGCCACCGCUCUUCUGAAGAAGGUGAAAGAAGACCGCGCGAGUCGCCAACGCAGCAACCUCGAGGGCGGUCGCCGGAUGGUCAUUGACGAGGUCGACGACGACGAUUCGGGCGGAGAGGAGGACGAGGACGAGGAGGAGGGGAAGGAGGAGGGAAGUGAGGAGGAGGAGAAGGCGAUGGCUACUGAAGGACCCCAGCGCUGGGCGAUUCCCGAGAACCAGCCGGUGGACCACGACGUCGUAAUCGAGGAGGUUUUUGACCUGCAAGAAAGCGCACACAGCAAAGUACGACCCCAAACAUUCUCCCACUUUCGGCGAAUGAGCCCGUUUUUCGGACAAAAGCCAACUAGCGCGACACCAGAUACUUUGUGUUGCAAGCGUGUUCAGCAGUCGCGUCGCGACCUCAUCCAACGACUCAAGCAAACCGGACCCAACAGGCUUCAGGCUGUCCUUGGCGUCAAACUGGACGCCGAAAUGCUGGAAGAGUACAUCUUUGCGCUCAGCACAAUCAGUCUGCCGCAAGGUGACUAUGAAUUCAUCUACAGCGUGUUGGACGGACUCACGAGAAGCGCGCGGUUCAAGGUUGCAGUGCUCCUUUUGGAAGACGCGGCACUCAAAGCUCUGGAGGACAUCUUCGACGGGCUCUACACCUCCACCCUAUCAACCACCCACAAUAUUGCCGAACUCAAGUGCAAGUUUUCAUCGUAG